ACUGGACCGCGCGUGCAUGAUGAUGGACACUAGGUAUAAGUAGACCCAAUCGCUCCCUCCGUUUCGUCAUCUUCAGUUCUUAGGGCAACCUCGGCUGCAGAUCCUGUGCCAACAGAAGAGCUUAAACCCAGGCAAGGAAUCUGAGUUGGUUGAAUUUAUUGAUAUGGCGAGUUUUGCCAAACCAGAAAAUGCUUUGAAACGAGCUGAAGAGUUGAUCAAUGUUGGACAGAAGCAAGAUGCGUUGCAAACACUACAUGACCUUUUCACCUCAAGGAGACACAGAGCAUGGCAGAAGCCGCUUGAAAGGAGUAUGUUUAAGUAUAUAGAGCUGUGUGUAGACUUGCGGAGAGGCCGGUUUGCCAAGGAUGGACUCAUUCAGUACCGUAUCAUCUGUCAGCAAGUAAAUGUUAGUUCUUUGGAGGAGGUGAUCAAGCACUUCAUGCAUCUAUCAACUGAGCGAGCUGAACAAGCUCGCACCCAGGCACAAGCCUUAGAAGAAGCUCUUGAUGUCGAAGAUCUAGAAGCAGAUAAAAGGCCUGAAGACUUAAUGCUAAGCUAUGUCAGUGGAGAGAAAGGGAAAGAUAGAUCUGAUAGGGAACUUGUGACUCCAUGGUUUAAGUUUUUAUGGGAAACAUAUAGAACAGUGCUUGAGAUCUUACGGAACAACUCAAAAUUGGAAGCACUAUAUGCGAUGACAGCGCAUCGAGCUUUCCAGUUUUGUAAGCAAUACAAACGAACAACAGAGUUUCGUAGGCUGUGCGAGAUCAUAAGGAAUCAUUUGGCAAAUCUCAAUAAAUAUAGAGACCAGAGGGACCGACCUGAUCUGUCAGCUCCAGAAAGCUUGCAGCUGUAUGUUGACACAAGAUUUGAGCAGCUAAAAGUUGCCACUGAACUUGAACUCUGGCAGGAAGCCUUUCGAUCAGUUGAAGAUAUUCACGGACUGAUGUGCAUGGUUAAGAAGACGCCCAAAUCAUCCUUGAUGGCUGUUUAUUAUGCUAAGCUAACUGAAAUAUUUUGGAUUUCUUCUAGCCAUCUAUAUCAUGCCUAUGCAUGGUUCAGGCUUUUUUUAUUACAAAAAAGCUUCAAUAAGAACCUGAGCCAGAAGGAUUUGCAAUUGAUAGCAUCUUCCGUCCUUUUGGCUGCACUUUCAGUAAACCCCUAUGAUCACACCCGCAGUGCAUCUCAUUUGGAUAUAGAGAAUGAGAAAGAUAGAAAUUUGAGGAUGGCUAAUCUCAUUGGAUUUAAUCUGGAGACUAAACUUGAGGGCAAAGAAGUGCUUUCGAGGUCAUCCCUUCUCUCUGAACUGGUGGCCAAAGGUGUAUUGUCUUGUGUGACUCAAGAAGUGAAAGACCUUUAUCAUCUUUUGGAACAUGACUUUUUCCCUCUAGAUCUUGCAUCAAAAGUUCAGCCCUUGUUAAAUAAAAUCUCAAAGUUUGGGGGCAAGCUUUUGUCUGCUCCUUCUGUCCCAGAAGUGCAAUUGUCACAGUAUGUUCUUGCAAUGGAGAAGCUUACUACCUUGAGAUUGUUGCAACAGGUAUCCCAGGUCUACCAAAUAAUGAGAAUUGAAAGUUUAUCUAGGAUGAUCCCAUUUUUUGAUUUUGCUAUUGUGGAAAAGAUAUCCGUGGAUGCAGUCAAGCAUAAUUUUGUGGCCUUGAAAGUUGACCAUAUGAAGGGUGUUGUUAUUUUUGAUAAUAUGGGUCUUGAGUCUGAGAUUUUAAGGGGUCAUUUGACCAACCUUGCAGAAACUUUGAAUGAAGCUAGAGCAAUGAUUUAUCCUCCUGCUAGGAAUGUCUCAAGACUUGGUGAAUUGCUUCCCAGUUUAGCUGAGAUUGUGGAUAAGGAACAUAAGAGGCUACUCGCUCGAAAAUCCCUCAUUGAGAAACGCAAAGAAGAAGAGGAGCGCAAACUGCUGGAGAAGGAACGUCUGGAAGAGUCAAAGAGGAUUGAACUACAGAAGAUAACUGAGGAAGCAGAAAGAAAAAGACUUGCUUCUGAGUAUGAGGAGAGGAAGAAUGAAAGAAUCCGUAGAGAAAUAGAGGAGCGGGAACUUGCAGAAGCCCAAGCUUUGCUUCAGGAAGCUUCACAUCGUAUUAAAUGGAAGGGAAAGAAGCCAGCCAUUGAGGGAGAUAAACUGACGAAGCAAAGUGUAAUGGAGUUGACAUUGAGUGAGCAACUCCGAGAAAGGCAGGAAAUGGAAAAGAAAUUACAGAAACUUGCCAAAACUAUGGAUUAUUUGGAGAGAGCAAAAAGAGAAGAGGCUGCUCCCCUGGUUGAAGCUGCAUAUCAACAGCGUUUGGUGGAAGAGAGGGUCUUACAUGAACGCGAGCAACAGCAAGAAAUUGAGCUUAGCAAACAGCGCCAUGACACAGAGCUAAAGGAGAAGGAGAGGCUUGCUCGAAUUAAGAACAAUAAGGAAAUAUUUCAAGCAAGGGUUGUCAGUUGUCGGGAAGAAGAAAAUACCAGAUUUAGAAGGGAGAGAGAGGAGAGAGUCUCACAAAUCUUGCAGUCCAGGAGACAAGAGAGAGAGAAGAUGAGGAAGUUGAAGUUUUAUUUGAGUUUAGAAGAGGAGAGGCAGAAAAUAUUGCAUGAGGAAGAGGAAGCACGGAAGCGUGAAGAAGCUGAGAGAAUAAGAAAAGAGCAGGCUGAACGCAAAGCAAAAUUGGAUGAGAUAGCUGAAAAGCAGAGGCAACGAGAACGAGAACUAGAAGAAAAGGAAAGGCAGAGGAGAGAAGCCCUUUUGGGGAAAUCCACAGAGGUACCUUUAAGGACUUCUGAGCCUCCUGCUGUGGCCCGCCCAUCAGAGUCUGGAUCUGCUGCUCCAGCUGCUGCUGCCGCCGCUGUUGCUGGUGGUAAAUAUGUUCCAAGGUUCAAGCGAACCGAGAGCUCAGGGCAGGCUCCACCUCCCGAAACUGAUCGUUGGGGUGGUAAUAAACAAGAUGAUCGACUGCCCCAAGCUAGUGAUAGGUGGCGUAGUGAUGACCGCAGAUCCUCCAGUGCGUCCUCAUUUGGUGGGGGUGGUGGAAGGUUUGCAUCAACAUGGUCAUCAUCCAGGAACCCUCCUCGAGGAUCUGAACGUUGAUUUGGAACUAAAGCAGCCAGCUUUGGAGGUUUAACAGUUAGGCUCUUUGCUGCCGGAAUGUGGACAUGGUUCUAUACUGGAUUUGCUUCUUCUUAUAUGCUCUGGUUAUUUAUUCCAGACUUUGGGAUUGGUUUUCAUUUUGUUUGUUUACUUUUUUGAGUUUUUAGAUUUCCUUAUCCCUAAUAAACAUUUCACUUAUUCCCAUAGUGCUCGAUGCGUUUGGGAUUUUGUUCA